UAGUUUAUGCACGUUGGUGCAAGGAAUGAUUUCAUCUUCGUUCUUUCUUCUUUAUCGUUCGUCUCGCCACGAGUCGUGAGAGAAAUCGCCUGCAAAAAUGGUGGCUCAGAAAAAACAGAAAAAGGCUCAAGAGAGCAUCAACACCAGAUUAGCACUCGUGAUGAAAUCUGGUAAAUACGUUCUUGGUUAUAAGCAAACUCUCAAGUCCCUUCGCCAAGGCAAAGCCAAGUUGGUCAUCAUCGCCAGUAACACACCACCAUUGAGGAAGUCGGAAAUUGAAUACUAUGCCAUGUUGGCAAAGACUGGCGUACAUCAUUACACAGGAAACAACAUUGAAUUAGGAACAGCGUGUGGUAAAUAUUUCCGCGUCUGUACACUUUCGAUCACAGAUCCUGGCAAUUCUGAUAUUAUAAAAUCGAUGCCGACUGGUGAUCAAGCAUAAUAAAAUACUUUUUAUUUAAUAAAUAAUCUGAAAAAUCUUAAAAA